GACGCUGGACCUUGCAGUGACUUGGGCCUCCUUUCUUUCCUUCCCUUACGGUGAUGAAACGCAGGGUAAACUACCAAUCCCAGAAGGCACCGCGCAUGCAAAUGGGUGGAGCGAGGCUUGAGAGGGCGGGACAUGAAGGCCUUCCGGAAAAGAUUCAAAUCCGGAGGACUGAAAUCGCGGGAGGAGCCGGCACCGCGCCUUUAGGUAGGAGAGGCAGCUCUGCCCUUCCCUGCACAGGGACCAGCGUGCUCAGCUGUGGUCGGUCGCUUCUCCUGCCUGUCCUCACAGCACAGGGAUGUGGUUGCGCUCGCCAGGACUGGUGUGGGCUCCCUGAGAACUAGUCUUGCCCGACGAUGCUCUUUCUCGGUUUGCUCACUCCUAGUGACAUUUGACAGGACGGUGGAUGGAGGGGCUGGAGGUGGCCCAGAGUGACCGCUCUUCUCAAAGACCCAGGUUUAGUUCCCAGUGUCCACAGAGGGGUCUUGCCACUGACUGUUACUCCAUUUCGGGGAUCCCACCCCCCUUUUGGCUCCUGCGGGCAGCGCACGCACUGUGUGCUGAGACUUGUUUGCAAGCAAACCGGCAAUACACAUACAUAGAAGCAGAUCUUUGAAAAGGAGGUGGGAGGACCGCAAGCUAACGCAAUAUUUCCGCAAGGAAGCCCCUGUUCAGUUCAGACAUUACAGUUCUAACCACAACCAGUUUGGAUCAUAAACAGCCUAACCAAAGGUAGUCACCAUGAUGUUACUAACUACAAAGACUCGAGUAGUGCAUCUGAAAAGGGAAUUGUUAGUCACUGAAUGAAGAGAUAUUUAGCUAUACAUCAAAUGCCUAUUGUAUCCUGAUUCUCCACCACAAAAGGAACUGUAAGUAUUAUAAAGUAGGUAAACACAAAUUGUGCUUAUAUUGCAACAUGGCCCAGGAUGAUGUGUGCAGCCUUGAAGCUUCCAGAAGCUUCCACUGUGGUCCUUGAGAACAUUAGCUGGAAUAAGGCUUUACAUCUAUAGCUAUAUACUAUUCCUAGCUGAAUUAUGAACUACUUAGAUUGUACUUGUCACUCAGUAAUAGAUUUGGGGACAGUGAUCCUUAGCUCAUAAUUAGGCACAUAAGAUAGAUUGAUUUCUAAGACACCACUCUUGAAGUGUAAUUGAAUAUAUGAGACUCCAUAAUUAUGGUCAGGACUUCAUCCUGGACUAUUUUGGGUAAACUGAUGUCAAGAGUAUGCACUUGUCCACUACAUCCAAACGGUUAAGUAGUUCUUAUACAGAUUACUAAAGGACCAGCAGGUUUGUGACUCUGUUAGCUCGAAGGUGAGGAAACCAAUGGUAAAGCAUCAGUUCACAUAGAGACUUUUAAUAAACACUAAAGUAGUCAUUAUUACUAAACUCAGCAAAUGUUUGAUGUGGAGAAUCAUUCCCCCCCCCUUUUUUUAAAGAUAAUGUUCUUCUAGAACAGCAAGAAACAAAACAUGUAGAAACCAUGAUACUUGCCAAGAACUAGUGUUCAAAGUGAAGGGAAUGUGUUCAUGGUCUCCCAUAUACAGGUCAGAUGUUGGCCACUUGUUUUUACGCACGCCACCUGGCAGUCUUCAAGAAACACACACGAGACACGGCAUGGAUUCGUCCUUGCAGAUUAAGAGGCUGAAGUCAAGAAAUGUAAAGUUCUUUAAAUCAUUCAUAAACUAUCUGACUCCGAGGAGGAUGCACAUUUUGGUCUGAAGAGGCUGAGUAUAUUUAACUCUGCCCUGUAGGUUGCAUAUGAAGACAAUUGGUAAACAAUGAAGAAAACCUCCAAGAAGAACAAUAAUUUCAAAAUUCCUGGUACAGAAUUGAAUUCCGCGGAUGCUGAAAGGGGAAAAGAAGAGAGUCAACGUAACUUUGUUGAACUACUGCCCUUGGAAGUCACUUAUAAAAUUUUCAGCCAGCUAGACAUUCAGAGUUUAUGCAGAGCUUCCAGGACAUGCACAGGUUGGAAUUGUGCAAUAAGAAACAAUGACUCCUUAUGGAAACCCCACUGCUUGACCAUAAGAGCUGUGUGCCAAAGAGAAAUAGACGAUGAUAUAAAAAGUGGUUAUACCUGGAGGGUAAUACUCCUAAGAAAUUACCAGAAGAGCAAAGUGAAAUAUGAGUGGCUAAGUGGCAGAUACAGCAACAUCCGUUCUCCUGUUAACUUGCCAGAAAAGGCUAUGUGCCCCAUGGAUGCAGAUACGUGGGGGGAAAUUCUAGAUGCAGAACUGGAAAGAGAAGUUGAAAAAUUGCAAUAGUUUUAUGCCACGUGAUCAAAAUCACUCGGACUCCAAGAUACUUUGAAAUCUGAUAAUGUCUUUCUUAGCCUUUUAAGUAUUUAACAUUUAAAAGAAAACAAAGUUGAAAAUGAAGCUUUGUUUGUAUUUUGCACUCAAGUUAAAAAAUUUUUCUGGUCUUAUACUAUGGGGAAAUCAUGAAAUGUUAUUUUUAUAAGAAAUAAUAGACUGGUAGAAUGAUUUUGAAAUGUAUUGCUCCAUGUAUUUAUGUUAGAAUAUUGAAUUACUUGAAGUGAUAGAAUUUAUUGUUGUUUUCUAUUUAAACCUUCAAGAAUUUAGGGGAUUUUUGAAGAAACUUAUUUAAACAUUCAUUAUAAAUAAGUAUAAAUAUGCUCUCAUGGGGGAAUAUCAAAGUAAGUAGUUGUAAUAUAUUUAAAUUGAUAAUAAAUUUACAUGUUAAUAACUUUACAGUUUCCACUGCAGUGGAAAAGAUGGAACUGUCAAAUAAUGGCACUAUUUUAAAAUGUGUUAAACUUAUAGUUUAUUUAAACUUGAUCUAAUCUUGGGGUAGAAGCUCUCAGAUUAAGAUUUUCAUUUUUUUUUCCUACAUACCUGAGAUUAGUCUCAAAGACUGGGAAUGUGUGGAACGUUUCAGGACAUUUAAUGACUGUUAGAACCACCAAAGGCUUUCUUUACCUUGGUCAGACUAUCUUUCCAACACUUGCUAGCACCAUCUAGUGUAUUCUUUUUUUUUUCUUCCAUUUUUUAUUAGGUAUUUAGCUCAUUUACAUUUCCAAUGCUAUACCAAAAGUCCCCCAUACCCACCCACCCCCACUCCCCUACCCACCCACUCCCCCUUUUUGGCCCUGGCGUUCCCCUGUACUGGGGCAUAUAAAGUUUGCAAGUCCAAUGGGCCUCUCUUUCCAGUGAUGGCCGACUAGUGUAUUCUUAUAUGCUUCUUACUAACAAGGAAAAAUUAUUCUCAGAGCCCUGCCUGACUUUGUUAAAGUGUAUCUUUGCAGGGAGGGACUUUUUUCCCAACUUUGUUUCCCUUUUGUAAAGGAGUAUUAUGUAGCACAUUCCAUCUACCAGGUCAUUUCACCUGAAUCUCUAAGUCAUAGUCAGAAAGCAUCUACAACUCUGGUCAUUUGUAUGGGGUUUCCAUAGCUGUAUUCCUUCCCUUUUACUGCUGCGAUUAAACACCAUGACCAAAACCAGCUAUGGAAAAAGGAGUUCAUUUGUCUUAGAGUUCCAGAGCAGUACAAGUCCAUUACUGCAAGGAAAGCACGGCAGCAGUUGCUAAAUGCUAGGAAGCCAGGAUUAAAUAACUAGGCAUGGAGGUUAGAGCAACAGGUCAAGAUUCACGUCCUCAACCAAAAGCAUGAGUAGAGAGAGCAAACUGGACGCAGGUGAGCUCUGGAGCUCUCAAAAGCCUGGUGCCAGUAACACUUCUACAAGCAAGGCCACAUCCACUAAACCUCCACAAACAUCCCUACCAACCAGGGACCAACACUUAUUCAAGUACAGGAGCCUAUGUAAAGCAUUUCUUAUCAAACUAUCACAGUUUUUUUUUUAAGUCUAGGAAACCAAUAUUUAAUAACUAGACAGCUGUCAGAAUAAUGCCCCUUCAAAUACACAUUCUUUCUGUUGUGUCACAUGGACGAUAAUUAUCUACUUGUGUUUUAAUGGAAAUUAAAAAUAAGUUAAUUGGAAAUGACCUUGAAAACCAGGCAGUGCAAUUUCUAGGGCUAUGCCUGUGCUCAAAACCAUCUAUUCUAUAGUAGUUUCUCCAUUACUAUCAUAAGGCAGUUCUCUCCCAGCAUUGAGGCAGGCAUUAGAAAGUCUCCCAAUAGAAUGCUAUCCAUAACUAGUCCUGUUUCUACCUGCUAGGAUGACACUGAUUUAGUCCUUCUCUAGGUUUGCUAUUCAAAUGCUUGAAGACAGCUGGCCUGUCACUUCCCAUUGUCUUCUCCCCAGUUACUUCUGAUAGUCACGUGCCACAGUGUCUAAGCCAAACAGCAUUGUCUACUGCUUCUGCCCUCUUCACGAAAGUACCAUUGGAAAGGAAGAUCUCCUGCAGAUUUAAUUUGAGAAGAGAUCAUUGAAAAGCACUUUAAAAUCUUGAAAAUGUGAAAGAAAGUGAAGUGUCCUACUGUACAACAGUAGCAUACGUAUGUAAGUGUUAUUAGCUAUUUCUUGUAAUGAACGUUCUGUCAAUCACCUUUUCCUGCUGAUAAAGAAUGCACUAAUGGGGGGGGGGUGCCUUUCUCACUUAUGGCAUCCCCCUGUCAGCCACUAGAUUGAAUCUAAGAGUGGAACAUGACGGAAACCACCUGUUUCUUAAACUGGAAGACAAAUGAUGAAAUUGUUUCCUGCCACAAAGAGAAGUGAGUCCUCAGAAUACACAUCCAACAGAAAAACAGAGGAAGUGGAAGAGAGGAUUGUGUGUACGACUCUGAUUCUAGUCUGUCUACUUGUAGUUUGUAGUACAAAUUGCACUGGAACCCUACCCUACCCAUAGGUAGAGCUAGGUAGGUGUUCUUACUGUUUUUCAAGUGUAAGACACUCGCUGUUUACAUUAAUAACUUAGGUUUACACUAGGAGCACUACCUAUAGGGCUCCAUUUCCUGGUUGUCAGAUAUGUGAUGCUUGUAGUUCACAUUAGUGUUUUAGUUUUAGAAUCUUGCUUUGUCCUUCUUCAGUCCUGCCAAUUUUGUGUCCUAAAUGCAGUUCCUGCCUCAGAUCUGCUCACCAUUCAUUUCUUUCUCAGUCUCCUAUAACUCGUUCUUCCCACCAAAUGGAGAUGCUGCUAAUACACAAGAAACUGACUUCAAUGUCUCUGAUACAUCUUUGUGGUUGAUUUGGUAGAAAUUCCCUUCUCGUGAUUCUGCGUAGGUGGGCGUGUCAUACAUUUCUUUUUACACUCUAACCAAUCUUCUAAAUUCUCUUGGGAGACUAAAACUACUGUCCUAAAACCACUCAUUCCGUGUUAGUGUCCAUAAAGACUCAGACUUGUCUUCUUGUAUUCUGAACAUCUCCCCCAAAGCACCACGCCCACUGCUGGUGUUUCUGUUGUCUGUAUCCAUGACUUGCCAUCAGAUUUGUCCAUUCCAGAAACACCUGUCCCAGUCUGUGGGAAUCCUUCCUGAGUCAGCAAUACCAGAACCAGAGACUAUUACUUUCAGCCCCUUCCUCAGAAAGUGGCCAGGGUUCAGGAUACUUAACACUGGUUCUUCUUUUCUUGGUCCGAGUCUACCCCGUCAAGAAUCAGUUCUUACCUGUUUAAUUAUGGAGCCACCUGAGCAGCCCGUCUUUUCUCCAGGUUUUUCUCUGCUUUAUUACUUCUUACCCUCACUUGAAGUUGAUACGGCUAUGGUAACCUUCUAACUGGUAUGCCUUGCAGAUGGAUCAGUCUGUCUAAAAAUCCUCAAAUUAGCAUGUCACUUCUAAUUUAGACCAUUCCCUACGUUCAUAUAGAGCCCAGAUGUCUCUGAAAAGCCAUUAAGACUUUUUAAUGACUCACCCCGGCUUACCCCAAGAGCCUUUCCUCUCACAACUUUCCUGUUCAGUUUAGUCACACCAAAUCAUUUGCAGUUGCCUAGCCAUGUUUGCUCCCUUACCUUUGCCCCUUUGUGCAGGUCAUGCGACAGGACACUUGCAGAGUUCUCUCCUUCCUCCCCCACCAAUUCUUGACUUGGCAAAAAUCUUUUCCUGCAAACCAUCUACAACUUUAUUAUUCUAUAUCAAGUUAUCCUUCUAAAGUUUUUAUACAUGGCUGUUGUAACAUUGUCAGAGGCUGUCACACUGUGUUGUUGGUUUCUCCACCUGCCCCUUUAGAAGAUUAAUUUUUUAGGAACUGUGUUUUAUUUUUUUCUGUCCCAUAAACCUGCUAUUUUUAAGGUUUAUUUUAAAAAAUGACUUGGUUAUUUAUUGUUUUAUUUAUUAUUAGUAACCAAAUGUAGAAUGUAUAAGAAAAUGCAUUAUUGUGAAUAAUAAAAUAUGUACCAUUAUAGUAGCAAAUUUUACUAUUUGUUAAUAAAUAAGACUAUAUUCAAAUGCAUACUAAUUUCUGGAAUGUGUGACAUACUCAUUGUUAAAAUGUACUUGAUUGUUCUAAUCUUCUUCAAAGGUGUAAGUGGAAUUUUCUAAGUGUUUUACUGUAAUUUAAUAAGCACUUGAAAAUAAACUCAGUUUUAAAAAUA